AUGCCCCAACCAAUGAUUCCACCUCCAGCACAUCCUCAAGUACUUGCGCCUCAACCAAAGGCUCCUCCUUCACCACCAGCUCCUCAAGCACUUGAGCCGCCUCCGAAUGCUUCUCCAGUUCUUUCCUCUGGACCUUCACCGCCACCAGCUCCAAAAGCCUCCCCGCCUCCGCCCUCAGGACCCUCACCGCCUACUGCUCCAAAAGCUGCACCACCACCACCACCACCAUCAAAAUCUGGUGGACCUCUCCCGCCACCACCAGCGCUGCCUGGUUCUUCCAAAAUGCGUCCACCACCACUUAUGAAGUCAGGCAAUAAAACAGACACAGAUGCGGAUUCUAGUGAAGCUAAAACAAAGCUUAAGCCCUUCUUUUGGGAUAAAGUAGCAACAAAUGCUAAUAAAUCAAUGGUGUGGGAUCACCUUAAAGCUGGAUCAUUCCAGUUAAGUGAGGACGCUAUUGAAACACUUUUUGGUUGUAAUGCUGACAAGAAGAGCGGUGAUGGCAAAAAAGAUUUAACAUCAAAGGAAGCUGCCCAAGUUGUGAGGAUACUUGAUCCUAAAAAGGCACAGAAUCUGGCCAUAUCAUUGAAGGCGUUGAGUGUUUCAGCAGAGGAAGUUUCUUGUGCAGUUAAGGAAGGAAAUGAACUUCCAUCCGACUUGAUACAGACCUUAAUUAGAUGGGUCCCGAAUACUGAUGAGGAGCUCAGGCUUCGACUAUAUACUGGGGAACUCUCACAGCUUGGUCCUGCAGAGCAGUUCUUAAAAGCAAUCUUCGACAUUCCUUAUAUCUAUGAGCGCCUGGAUGCAUUACUUUUCAUGGCUGGUUUACCAGAGGAAGCUUCAAAUGUAAAGCAAUCUUUUGCCACCUUAGAGAUGGCUUGUGAGGAGCUUAAAAACAGCCGUCUAUUCUUGAAGUUACUAGAAGCUGUACUUAAAACAGGCAACCGGAUGAAUGUUGGCACGUUCCGAGGAGGAGCUCAAGCGUUCAAACUAGACACCCUGCUCAAGCUUUCCGACGUCAAAGGAACUGAUGGGAAGAUAACGCUGCUGCAUUUUGUUGUUCAAGAGAUAAUCCAUUCUGAAGGUGUCCGUUCUGCACGGGCUGCAAAGGAGCAGAAGGGCAGCGUAUCCAGUGUGGACAACAAUGAUCUUAUUGAAGAGGAGUAUAAACAACUAGGUCUGCAGGUUGUGUCCAGUUUAGGAGAUGAACUUCAAAAUGUCAGGAAUGCAGCAAUCCUUGAUGCAGAUCAGUUGACUAGGUCGAUAACAAGUGUUGGCCACAGGCUCGGCAAAACCAAAGAAUUCUUGAACACAAGCAUGAAAAGUCUGGAUGAAGAUAGUGGGUUUCACCGCAAGCUUGUGCAUUUCGUGGAGCAGUCUCAAACUGAUGUUACUUUCCUGCUAGAGGAAGAGAAGAAAAUACGGUCCUUGGUAAAGAGCACUGUCGAUUAUUUCCAUGGGAGGACAGGGAAGGAUGAGGGCCUUCGGUUAUUUGUCGUAGUGCGGGAUUUUCUCGCAAUGCUUGACAAGGUGUGCAAUGAGGUGAAAGAAGCAUCAAAAGUAGCUCCAAAGAAAACGAAGACUGAAGUUACUCUGCCUUCCCGCACACCCAGGUCUUUUCAAGAUCCCCGGCGUAACCUUUUUCCGGCAAUUAAAGACCGGAGGGCACAUAGUUCAAGCUCUAGUUCUGACGAGGGAAGUUAA